UAAAAGGAGCUAGAAGAGGAAGCCCUAGUUUUGUGGGUCAUGGCGGAGGCAACGGGGCCGAUCGCGCUGGCACGUUACGCAUCAUCGAUCUUGUAGUCGAGCGAGGCGCUGUGAGCGAGCGAUCGAUCGUCUCUUCCAUGAUCUAGCGCCAGCCAGUCCCUGCGCAUUGGGAAUUCCAUCAGACGGAUCGAUCGAUCGAUCGGUCUACUUCCAAGGGAUUUCAGGGUUCUAGCUGCGAUCGGAGCUGCGGGUGAUAUUUCGGAAGGAAUUCUUCGCGCGGUGGAUUAGCAGCAUGAACGAUCUUCUAGCGGGUUCUUCGCCGCAAGCUAGGAUCAGCGGCGACUCAAAUGGAGACCUGGAAGCCGGGGUCGCUAACACAGGGAUGGAGGAUUUCCUUCAAGAGGUUGGACAUAUCACUACCUCAAUGGGACAGAUUAGAAAAAACCUUCACAAGCUACAGGAAGCACACGAGGAAUCUAAGACGGUCACCAAGGCGGCAGCAAUGAAAGCUUUAAAGAAGCGGAUGGAAGCGGACGUUGAUGAGGUUAGCAAAGCCGCGCGAAAGAUCAAAGUGAAGCUGGAGGCGUUGGAUAAAUCUAAUAUAUCUAAUCGUAAGAAACCGGGAUGUGGGGAAGGAUCGAGUAUUGACAGGCAAAGGAUGUCGAUGACUGCAACUCUCAAGAAGAAGCUAAAAGACCUCAUGGGAGAGUUCCAAGACUUACGACAGAAAUUCCAGGACGAGUACAGAGAAGUUGUCGAAAGAAGAAUCUUUACUGUCACUGGUAAAAGGCCAGAAGAGGAUAUGAUAGAGCAGCUGAUUGAAACUGGUGAUAGUGAAUCAAUAUUCCAAAAAGCCAUCCAAGAACAAGGGCGUGGACAGAUUUUAGAUACCGUAGCCGAAAUCCAGGAAAGACACGACGCAGUCAAGGACAUGGAAAAGAAACUGCUCGAGCUCCAUCAGAUAUUCUUGGAUAUGGCUGUCCUCGUUGAGGCGCAGGGAGAGAUGCUGGACAACAUAGAAACACAAGUUUCCAAGGCGGUGGAUCACGUCCAGGCGGGCACGAGCGCUCUCAAGAGGACCAAGCAGUUGCAACGCAGCAAGAGGAAAUGGAUGUGCAUUGCCAUCAUCAUACUUCUAAUAGUGAUCGCUGUCAUUGUUGUAGGUGUCGUAAAGCCCUGGCAAAGCAAGUCUAACGGGAGAUAGAUGUCUUACGCUAGCAAGCACGCAUCGUGUUGUUUGAUCGAUUUUUACAGUAACAAGGUGACCAUAUUUACACGA